UUCUGCGGUAAAUGACAAGGACCUUUCAAAGGAGUUGUAUAAAAAGUACAGUGCGAUUCACAGGCGCAAAAUACGUGCUUGGCAGAUGAUAUGUGUCUUAUCACGAUUUGCUCGUCAAGAUUCACUUGGGCAAGUUGCACAAAGCUUGCACACAUCCCUUUAUAGAAACAAUUUACCUGCUGUCCGGCAAUACUUAGAGACAUUUGCAAUAAAUAUUUACUUGAAGUUUCCUCCAUUGGUUGGAGAGAAUUUAGUUCCUAUACUACGAGAUUAUGACAUGAGGCCCCAGGCACUCUCUUCUUAUGUAUUUAUAGCAGCUAAUGUCAUCCUCCAUGCAUCUGAAGCAGUUCAAUAUAGGCAUUUGGAUGAAUUACUUCCUCCUAUAGUUCCAUUAUUGACAUCACAUCACCACAGCUUACGUGGUUUCACCCAGUUACUAGUAUACCAAGUUCUUUGCAAACUGUUUCCUACUUUGGGUUCUAGAGCCUCUCAAACAAUGCCUUUAGAGAAAAGAUGCUUUGAGGAUUUGAAAUUAUACCUGGCAAAUAACUCUGAUUGCAGGCGCUUACGAGCAUCAAUGGAAGGAUAUCUUGACGCCUAUGAUCCCAAAAUCUCCGUCACUCCAGCAGGAAUUUUCAUCAAUCGGGUUGAGGAACUCGAGUUCGAAUGCGUCCCAAUAUCCCUUUUGGAGCAAGUACUCACCUUCCUAAAUGAUGUCAGGGAAGAUCUUAGAUGUUCAAUGGCAAGGGAUGUGGUGACUAUCAAGAAUGAGAGCUUAGAUCCUCACCGCAUGGAUCUAUCAUCUAAUGCCAAAGGAGAAAAUUUGCUUAUCCAGCAGCCUAAAGAUACUUGUUUGGAUUUUCAAAAGAAGGUUACUCUCUCCAAACAUGAGAAGAAUGAAACCAGUGUUAGUUCCUUCUUCGGCAACAAAGAAAUUUAUGAACAACUUGUCGAAAUGGAAAAGGAUGAUCAGCUUCUAGAUCAGCUGUUGCAGUCUAGAAGUCUGGCUAUGGAAAGAGUAAAAGCUAGUCAGCAAACUUUUAUCCUAGUAGCAUCACUACUUGAUCGUAUACCUAACCUUGCUGGAUUGGCACGAACAUGUGAGGUAUUUAAGGCAUCAGGAUUGGCCAUUGCAGAUGCAAAUAUAUUAAGUGAUAAACAGUUCCAACUCAUCAGUGUGACAGCAGAGAAGUGGGUUCCUAUCAUAGAAGUCCCUGUGAAUAGUGUGAAAGUUUUCUUGGAGAAAAAGAAACGAGAAGGCUUCUCUAUAUUGGGGUUAGAGCAAACUGCAAAUAGUAUACCUCUUGACCAGUAUGUCUUUCCCACAAAGACAGUCCUUGUCCUUGGGCGUGAAAAGGAGGGUAUACCUGUGGAUAUAAUACAUAUUUUAGAUGCUUGCAUUGAGAUUCCACAAUUGGGAGUUGUUAGAUCUCUCAAUGUUCAUGUCAGUGGUGCCAUUGCUCUCUGGGAGUAUACUCGGCAGCAAAGGUCCCAAUAGAUCUUCGUUAAACACAAUGCUGUCUUUCAAUUAUAGUUAGGGAUUUUCUGGAUGUAAUGUCUCAGCAGCAAAUGAUUUUACAAACCACAUGCUUCCUUGUCUUUGUAUCUGAUUCAUAUAUUGAUCCAUUUGUGAAUAUUUUUUAAUGGCGCUGUUGUCAUUGUUGGCCUUUUUGACAAUAAUAUGUGGAUUAAACAAUGAUAGAAUGAUGGAGAUCUAACAAUUAGAUUCCAUUCUUUGGCUUUGUUUAAUAAAAUUCCUGUUUACUCAUCAAAAUAUAUAAUGCCAAAACCAAUUCAGGUGACUAA